GGAUUCACUCGGUCAUCCCAACUGCAAACACACCAGCAAGUUCACACUGGGCAGAAGCCAAUCAUUUGCUCUGUGUGUGGGAAGGGAUUCACUCGGUUAUCCAACCUGCUGGUUUACCACAGGGAGAGACCGUUCACCUGUAUUGAGUGCGGAAAGGGAUUCCCUGAUUCAUCUGCUCUGCGGAAACACCAGUGUGCUGCCACUGGAGAGAAGCCAUUCACCUGCUCCAAGUGUGGGAAGAAAUUCCAUGAAUAUUUCACCCUGUUGAGACACCAGCAAGUUCACACAGGGGAGACGGUAUCUGCGUGCUUGGAGUGUGGGAAAGUAUUCACUCAGUUAUCUAACCUAAGUGUGCACCA